UGCUGUGGUAAAGUGAACUAGCUGUGGUGUGUUUCUGACAGCUGACAGGCAACAUUUUCCCCGUUUUUAAAGCACCAGAGGUAGGGUGGCUACCAGAGGUAAACACAGAACACUGCCUGUCUGAAGCAGCUUUUGUCACUUCGAUCCCAUCAUGGGUCCCUUCAUCAAGUCCUUUGUGAAAUGUGUCUGCCUCAGUUUUCUCCUCAAUGUGGCAUAUGCUUUUGAUGACGAAUUUGAGAAAAGAUGGCAACAGAUACACCAGGAACAUGUCUCUCACGUGGAACACCUGAAAGGCACCUCACUUAGUGUUCCUAUUGAAGUGACCAUUGGCUUCAGCGUCAUGGUGGUCUUGAUGCUGACCUGUUUCUUCAUAGCCUGCAUCUGCCAUCGACGACACCCCGAGAUGUUUCGAGGCAGACCUCAACCACUGCUGGUACCAGUUCAUCCUCCGGUGAUGUCGGGGGCAACUACACAGCCUACAGUGGGAGUGUUUACACCAUUUCUAGGAGCGUCUACAACUGCUGCACCUCCAGCUUACACUGUAGUCUCAGAUGCAACUCCAGCUGCGUUCGUGUCGUAUCCCCAGCACACAUACUACCCUUCGGCAACAGUACUACCACCACAAGGCGGUGCCUAUGGUAGUAUCACCGUUGAACCUCCUGUGCAGGCACCUGCUAUGCUGCUGCCAUCGCAGCCUGCACCACGUUCUCGGUACGCACAUUCCAAGGACAUCUCCACAGUGCCAUUGUGCCAAGAUUGGUAAAGGCAGUCGGUGCCCGAACAGACAGCAAGCGCUUUUGAGGCUUUUGCUCCUUUGUCCUGCAUUACCUUUCCGCAGAAGUAGGUGAUGCCAUUAUUCUCACCAAUGGGGCAAAAGCUUGCUUUAUGCAAUGUUGGGAAUGUUAUGACAUUGCGACUUCCAGAAACCAGUGUUGAAGUUUGAGCAGGCCAUACGGUUAUUACCAUAUUAUAUUAUUACUCAAUAUGAGGAACACGGAUAUAAGAUAUUGUCAGAUAUAAUGGGGGAAUUCUUGUGUCAGAUGUGACAAACUGAUCAUGACGAUGUUGGUUUGUAUUUUUUUGUAGACCGCUUGCCAUAUGCCAGUGCUGGUAUUACGGCACAAUGGAAUCUCUUGCUCAUGUGCCCAGACCAGUAUACAAGGCACUGGCCAAAUUCGUCUAUGUCCUUGUCCUAAUUUGACACCAAGCGUCAAUAGUGUCAAUGGUCACACAUACAUACCUGAAAAUUUAUUUUAAUAUCCACUUUUUUUCUGGGCGUUGUUCAUGACAAAUCGCAUAAUUUUCAUUUCUGGGGGUGUUCAGUGCCAUAAUGAUAUUGUGAGCACCUUUACUAACCUUCAUGUCGUCACCACUGCAUUGCAUCAUCCUACUUUGCAAGUGGCGGAGGUGCAAAGUUGAAACUUUGCCAGCAACUGAUGGCAUCGUACCUGUAUGUUGUACUGCUCUGCCAAUCUUGGAGUGACAAGGUGAAAUAAUACAAUUGCACAUUACUCACGGUUUCCUUUGCUAUCAUGAAUGAUUUCGUCAAGUUGUUGACUAUGAAAAUGACUUUGCUCCUUGAAGAGCGUGGCCUUUUUUAUUUGUUGCUGCCCAAAACUCUAUCUUUCACGUCUUGUGUGUACUUUUUUUGUGUACUUUUUUAUCAUUUGUCCACAUUUUAAUUCAUUGAAGAGCAGCCAUUGUUUAAAGCAAUACAUCUAUUUUGCUUCUUUAUUUUUUGCAUGUCACGGCUUCAAAAAAUUGAGAGAAGCCUCAUAAUCUUAUUUUUACUUAAUGAGCCUUAUGACAUCUGUUAAGUCAAUUGUCAUUUGCUUUGGGUCUGUGAAAGAAUAAGUGGUACCAACACCUGUGACACUUUUAUGAGAUCUAUUUGUUACAAUGAACCUUCUAAAUUUUUGCUGUGAGUUCCAGGUGCAUUUAAAAAGAUCAUGUCUGUGAUAUCCAGAAAUGUCUAAAGAGCAAUUUCUCUCCCUGACAUUUUAUUUUGCGUCACUUCCUUCUACUAACAACAUUAGUAAGCUUUU